CUAUUCGCCAUCAAAAUGGCGUCAUCGAAGGAAACCUAUUGUUUGUGUGGUCAACCAUAUAAUCUUGGACAAUUUAUGAUAGAAUGUGACUGCUGCCGCGAGUGGUUUCAUGGGAGCUGUGUCGAUGUCAAAAUAUACCAUUCAGAUGAUAUUGACAAGUACCAUUGCCCAAAAUGUUCUCAAACCUAUGGACCCUCUGUAUUGAAAAUUCCCACAAACAACCACCGUGCGGACAGAUACGAGAUAGGGGCGGAGACUCGGCCCUCUCAAGCAGGGACGCCCGCCUGGGUGCGAGCACUCGCCGCCCGGCCUCUGCGCCCAACUGCUGCAUCUCUACAACGGAUGAGACCUCAGCACUUUACCGAGGAAUUUGUCAGAGAUAAUGGGUUUACCAAGCCGGUAAUAUUCAACACUAAUGAGGGUUUGGACAUGAAGAUCCCAAACCCUGCCACUUUCAAUGUCAGAUCCGUGCUGAGAUAUUGUGGAGCACAGUUAGAGGUGGAAGUAAUAGACGUGCGCAGACAAACGACACUGCGCAUGCCGCUGGCAGAUUUUGUCGAGUACUUCGAGACGCCGCCCGAGCUGCGCGACGACAAAGUGCUCAACGUGCUCAGCCUGGAGUUUACUGAAACUAACAUGUGCAAUCUAGUGGAGCCGCCCGGCAUCGCUCGUCGUCUAGACUGGGCUCAGAAUGUAUGGCCUGCAAGCGGCGAACCGGCGCGGCCUGCCGUGCAGAGAUACUGUCUGAUGUCUGCGCGCGCCUCUUAUACCGACUUCCACGUGGACUUCGGCGGAACCACUGUGUGGUACCACGUGCUGCAUGGGCGGAAGAUAUUCUACCUGAUUCCGCCAACUACUACAAAUCUGGCGUUGUACCAGCAGUGGAGCGCUGCCAACAACCAGUCCGAGAGGUUCUUUGGUGAUAUGGUGGAAUGGUACGGUACAGCGGAACUUGGUCCGGGUGAAACGUUAUUCAUCCCGACGGGCUGGAUCCAUGCGGUGUACACUCCGUGCGACUCGCUGGUGUUCGGCGGCAACUUGCUGCACUCUUACGCUAUUGAGAUGCAGUUGCAGAUCUAUGAAAUCGAGGGUCGAGUGGAGACGCCCAUGAUGUUCAGAUACCCCCUCUUCGAAGCGCUACACUGGUACGCGGCUGCGCAGUUACUGACUACGCUCCGUAGGCACAAUGAAGAAACUCAGGAUGAAGACUUCACACUAAGCGAGAGCUGCGUGUCGACUCCGCCGGCGGAAUUGCCUCCCUUGUUGCUGCGAGGGAUCAAAAUACUAUCCAAUGCUCUCAAAGAGUGGCAUGCACUCAAAAGCUCGGAUUCGUCGAAACGUGACAACGUGCCCAAAUGCUUAAACUCUGGACAACUGGUCAGAGAACUUUGUAAGGAGUUGCGCGUUUUGGAGAAAAGGAGUUCUAGUACUAAGGAUAAGGAUUUAAAAGUCAAGAAUCACUCACCAAACAAAGCUCAGAGCAAAAAGCAAGCAACACCAAAAAAAUCGCUGAAACUAACCUUACCCAAACCUAUUAUGCAUAUGCAACCAAAUGCAAAUGGCGAUUUUGAAGAAAAAGUAUAUGCUGACAAAUUCUACAUAGACAAUAAAGAAGUUGUAUACCCAGAGAGAUAUCUACAGGAUGUUAAAUAUGUCACUAGCGAUGUUAAAUAUGUGAAUAGUGGUGUUAAAUAUGUGGACAAUGGUGUUAAAUAUAUAGACAGUGGUGUUAAAUAUGUGGACAGUGGUGUUAAAUAUGUGGACAGUGAUGUUAAAUAUGUGGACCCUAAUGUUAAGUAUUUGGACGCUAAUGUUAAAUAUGUGGACAAUGGUGUUAAAUAUGUGGAAGGCGAUGUGAAAAUUAUGACAGAUGAUGUUAAAUAUGUGAACGGCGUACCUGAUGUUAAGUAUGGUUUGGAGAAGGAUUUUUCGGAGAAAUAUGCAUAUCAAAAUUAUGAGGAGGUUGCCUAUCAAGAUGGGAACGGAUAUGUGGAUAGACAAGAUAAGAAGGUUGGCUUGAAGAUUAAGUUGAACAACUCCCCAUCAUCAUCACGCGAAGAACCGCCUCCAUACAGCCUUCCGGAACACUCCAUCCUCAAAUCCCAUCUGAUACGAACGGAGCGCGCCCUCAAACCGCUCCAACAGUGGACCAUCUCAAAGAAGGACAUUGGAGACUACCAUGAAGAGCAGAUUCUCUUCACCAACGAGAAUCUCCCCAACAUACGCCCUGAGGGACAGGAGAUGAACUAUGGAGCAGGAAUGUAUUCAGCGGAGGAUAUGCAACAAGAGUACCAGUACGGGGACACAGCUCGCGUGGGCUACCAGCAGAUCUACCAGCAGCCCGAGCUGGCCUACAGCGAGCCUGCUUACCAGCGCUACCCUGAGGUGGAACACCAGAACUUUAACUUUAUGCUUUUUAAUCAGCAGCAAGCAGCAAGUUUCAGCGGUGACCCUGCGUACGCGCACACGCAGCUGCCGUCCUACGACGCCGCGGUAGCGCACCAGUUCCAGACCACUAACUAUGUAGUCGAAGAACAAAAGCCUGUCAUACAAACACCACCAGCCAACGCAAGCCCACUUCCGGUACGACGGUCCGAGCGUCCGGUACGAAGACGUGUCUCCAGUACGUACGAGUACGAGGACGCGGACUUGUACAUAGACGAAGCCCCUCCCCCCACAAGGCGGAGAGCGGCCAAACCCAAACACCAGAGGCAUCAUGCGCAUCGAAAUGCAGCGUCAAACAGCAGCGCAUACCGACAACAACAGGCGGCGCUACAACAAACACAACAACCCCCGCCGGCGAGACCGGUGCCCGCCAACGGCAUCGAGUCGCUCAUCCAGGCGUCCGUGUUGGCCGAAGACCAGCCUGUUAAUGACACCGAGGAUGCGGCAGUGGCGGGUAUGCUGAGUAUCGGUGAGCAGCGAUUUGAGGCCCCUCCGCGGACCUUCGGACUAGCAGUAGACACCCCCCAGCCGACCACUGAUACCUCUAGAGUUGAAAGCAGUAGUGGUGGAAGUCGGUCGCGGUCGCGCAAACCGGCCAGCAGCGCGGAUGACGACGAGUAUGAUGAAGAAGACGUCAUUAAGGAGGUGCAUCGAGACGAGGAGUAUGUAUACCCGUCGUUGGAGAUGAGCUCGGACGAGGACGAGGAGUGGUCGGUGCGGCGACGCCGCGCGCCGCGCAGCAGGACCGACAGCAGAAGCAAAACCGACAAAGACGAGUCGUGGUCCCCUCGCGCGCGGCUCGGCCGCGUGGUGCCGCGGCUGCGCGGGCCCGCGCGCUCUGCCGUGCGGCGCGAGUGCGUGCGCGCCGCGCUGCACGCCGCCGCCAUCAGCAACGCGCAGGACAAGCACGACAAGCACAGGGACCACGCGGCGCACGACAAGCAUCAUCCGCAGAGCGCGAAGCGAGCGGUGCUGGCGACGAAGAGCAAGCGACCGCCGCCGCCCGUGCACACGCCCGCGACUAGCAAGAAUAUGAGACUGAAAAAGGGUAUGAAGACUGCGAAACAGCGUCUCGGCAAAAUCCUCAAAAUACACAAAAUGAUAUAUUAGCUUAAGUAAAUUAAUUAAAACAUUAGUUACUGUAAACAUAGUUAAUUGUAUAUGUAGUGGACACAGCACUGUCGGCCCGUUUUUGACCCAAAAAUUACCCUAAAGUUUGGGACAUUUUUUUUUGAGUUGCUUCAAUCAGUAUAGCUAUACUGAAGGUGUUUGAUAAAUCAUAAUAACAUGAAAAAUGAGAUGAUAAUAUGCCCAUAGAUUCUUUCGUUGUCUCAGCUAUUGCAAACGUUCAACCGGUCUUUUCGUUAUUCGACCAUAAUAACGAAAAGACCGGGUGAAAUAGGCUACAUUUCAUAC